AUGAACACGUAUGAGCAUGAUAUCAGUUAUCAGUGUGACCGGGAGAAGGAUCCUGAAGGCUGGCAGAGGUGGACAGAUUAUCUGGAGGGUGUGAAGAAGAACUAUGAGUCCACAGCUCAGGUUCUCAAGCACAACUGCGAGGUGAAUGGCCAUGGAGAGAGCUGCUAUAAGCUCGGCGCUUACCAUGUCACCGGCAAAGGUCAAGCCGGAUCAUGCAGGGAGGCUGCAUACUCCUGUUUUAUGAAGACAUGUAACAGCAAAGGAAAGAAGUCAGUGGAUGCUUGUCACAACAUUGCUCUGCUUGCCCAUGAUGGCCGAGCAAUGGAGCGGGGAGCUGAUGUGAAGGUGGCUCAGUAGUACUACGAGAAGGCUUGUGAGGGAGGCUGCCCCAGCUGUUUUAACCUGAGUGCUCUUUAAAUCCAGGGAUAUCCAGGGCUGGACAAAAACAUGCCACUGCGAGCCUGCGAGCUGGGACACGUAUGGGGAGCCAAUGCAAGUCACAUGUACAAACUGGGUGAUGGGACGGACAAGGAUGAUCAGAAAGUAGAGGAGCUGAAGAACAGGGCCAGAGAACUCCACGGACAGCAGAAAGAACGCCAACUGAAAUUUGAGGAGUGA